AGAGAGAGAGACAGGGAGACAGAGAGAGAGAGGUAGAGAGAGACAGAGACAGGAUGACAGGCACCCAGGAGCUGUCUUUCCACAUGGACCCUCAGCUGACGGAGGUGAUGCGUCUGCGGGUGCAGUCCCUCCAGCAGCGGGGCCAGAAGAGGCAGGACGGUGAGCGGCUCCUCCGCCCCCACGAGGCCGUCUACCGCCUGGACUUCACCAAGCAGUCCCUGGGCUUCUCCCACUGGGGGGUGAGACUAGCCCAGCCGGGACGCCUCACCAUCACCGCCACCUCCCAGCACUGGACGCCCGACCUCACCCACCUGAUGGUCCGGCAGCUCCUGGAGCCAGCGGGGGUGUUCUGGAGGGCGGCGGGCGAGUCGGACGCCGGGACGGUCCAGUGCUACCAGGCGGACGCCCAGGAGUUUGGGGAGAGGAUCGCUGAGAUGGCCUCGGUGAGGAAGGUGAUGUACUUCCUGUUUGCGUUUGAGGAGGGGUGCGGGCCGGAGAACGUUGACUGCUCCGUCGCCUUCGAGGUCAACAACUAGGGUAGCUGACCAGUCACUGUGAGAUGGAUGUUUGGGUUUGUGGUUUAUAGGUUUAGGUUACUUGCUAGAUGAGGGUGAUGCUGGUAGUUGGAGUCAUAAUUGACAGUUGGCAUUUUGGCCUGGAUCAUAGCAGAAGUGUAACAUCACAGAAUUCUCGGUUCUUGUCAGGGAACACGAUAGGGGGCUCUCUUUCACAAACUGACGAUUAUGACUUUAAGUUGUUGUUUAGGAGUUGUUUCCAGCAAGACUGCACUGUGAAAUCCCAGGGGGGGGACUCUCAUCCUCUGAGCUCCUCUCCUCUCCUCCCCCUCCCCUCCCCUCC